GAGCAUAGUUCGAUUCCGAACCCGGUUACAUGGUAGUGACCCAAUGGCACAACACAUCUUCUCUUGUUUCAUUUGUAACUAGUUUCUUCACACUGUUCACGUGGGAUUCUAGCAUACAUAUAUCAACAUUCACCAGCAUUUUCCUAGUAGUUGCAUCACAUAUAAAGGCGAUUUUUCUAGUUUGGUCAAGAUCUCUGAACAACGUCCAUCAGAAAGAACAAAAAAACGUGAGGCAAAUGCAAAGUGUAAAGGAGGCAUGUGCCAUGCCAAACCAACCAAUGUUGAUAAAGUCUGUUUACCAGUAACCUGUUCCAAACCAACCAACGUGUUUGCCUUACCUUCUUCUUCACUCCCCAGUUCCCACUAGCUAGCACAUUUCCUUCACUGAAAGGUGAAAGAACAACCGGCAUUCAGGAAGGCGCCACAAACUACUCCAUGGAUCAUGAUCCUGCAUGUUCUCCUAUCAAUAACUUGUAAAGCUAACUGUAAGCAUGCCGUCAACCAACUCAUCAACUUCUCUUAUCAUGGACAAACUGUAUGCAACAGAAAGUGCAUUACCAAAGGAACACACCGGUACCUCCCUCCUCGUUGUUCGCCGGGCUGAACGCCCUUCCUUUACCCAAGAAAAGUGUGCCUUGCUUUUUCAUCAUGAUGAGGCGACGGUGAGUAUGCAGCAUAAAGUGCUGAUUCGGUUCCACCACUUUGUUCCUUGGAACAAAGCAACUUCUAACACAAGCUCCUCCUUAUAAAACCCACGGAUGCCUUGGGGGCAGGAGCCAACUCCUCACAGGGAAACAGAGCCUAACUAGCUAGCUAGCACAAGCAGCUUCAGGAAGCACCAAUGGAGGGUUUCAGCCAGAAGCAUGUCAUCGGAAUUCCCCUGCCUUCCUUUGCAUAUGCUGAUGAGAAGACACAAGGAAAACCAUCCUGUUCUUCUUUGGUUCGCAACAAGGAAAAAAAGAAUUCCAUCGUUUAUCGGAUGAGCAAGCUAAGCCAGAAAACAGAUACUUACAUGCAGGGCUUCAAGGAACACUUAGCACUUGGAUCGAAAAUUUCAGAAACUGUGAAAGGGAAACUGAGCUUGGGUGUGAAGGUCCUCCAAGCUGGUAGCAUGGACAAGGUCUUCAGGCAAUACUUUCGAGUCGAGAAAGAAGAGAAGCUACUGAAGGCUUUCCAGUGUUAUCUCUCAACCACAGCCGGCCCAAUAGCUGGAAUGCUUUUCAUCUCGACUGAGAAGAUUGCCUUCCAUAGUGACAGACCUUUGGAUUUAAAAUCGCCCAAGGGCCGCAUCACAAGGGUGCCCUACAAGGUCGUGAUUCCUGCAAAGAGGAUAAAGAGUGCUGCCGUGAGGGAAAAUUUGUAUAAUCCUGAUGAGAAGUACAUCGAUGUAGUUACUGUUGACGGCUUCGAUUUUUGGUUUAUGGGUUUCAUCAGUCACACAAAAUCACUGAAAUAUCUUCAGCGUGUAAUUUCGGAGAUGAGAUGACACACCCAGUUCUGUAAUCCCAAGCACACUGGGUACCAUGUUGAAAUGGUAUAUGUACAUUGGAAAAAAUAGGAUUGAACAAUCAUAUUGAAAUGAAAAGCAUUUUUACUUUA